CUUUGAAGGAGAUGAGUGUGACCACCAGGCUCACGCGGUUAGAUUCAAGAUGAAUUAGGGCAGCUGUUUUUAGUUCAAGAAGAUGUCUCAAUGUGCAAGUUUAGCUCGAUGCGCAGGGUCCAUAACCUCGCCUCACCUAACAAACCUGUCUCGCCAGUUGCAAUGAUCAGUAAAUCCUCCGCGCACCCGUCUACUCACUGGGUAUAUGCAGAGCUGUAGGGCUGAACGGUAUAGGAGCAAACGCUCUGCACCAUUUUCCGCCCUUUUUUGGGGUAUUUAUUCCUAAAACGUGAGCAGCUGGCGCUGACGCUAGAGAGAAACGCCACGAGAGAAAUAGACGCCGCCCCAAAUUUUGAAAGUCCUUCGCGGUUUUGCCUGUUGUUGUUCUGUCUGUUCAUUCUUAUCCCGGGGCAACUUUCUUAGAUAUCGCCUCGGCCCAACGUUCUGCGGGCGGCUUAGAGUGAGGCGCGAGUCACUGUCAGAAACCGGAGACCGCUCGCAACUCGGUAAGCCGCACCCUCUUGCGUCGAACAUAGUGCGCGAGAGGGGGCACGCCUUGGCCGUUCGAGCAAACAAAGCGAGGAAAACCCUGGCCGAGAGGCGUAGGUAGAGGAAUCGCAUCGACCCGCUGCCACUCGAAUGCGAACCAGGUGGCGUUUUUUUGUUUAUUCUCCCCCUCCUCAUAUUUAUUGUCUGAGGCACAGGGCUGCCCCGAGCGGGCGCACUCAUUUGCUGCCGCGUUUUCUGGCAGUGUUCGCGUGCUGUGGUUCUCUCUUGUUCUGAAACUCGCGCCUCGACUGGAGUGCGCUGCUGCGUUGCGUAGGGCCUCGGUGAUUGCGCCGCGCUUGUUUCUGUCCCUCCUCUGUGCUGUGCGUGGUCGAUCUGUCUGCUUUGCCGCGACGUCAAUGGGCUUAAGUUUCGGAAGUUAGCUAUCCCACUCGGCUGCGGCUAUCGGUCUCGCCGGUCUGUGCUUCGGCGUCUGUCAUGCGCUGCCCCUUCUCUGGUUUUUCGGCGUCGGUCGGUCACGGUUAAAGGGCAAGCUCUCUGGCUUGUUCUUGUCACGUGCGAACACACAAGGUUGAAGGUAGCUACACUCUUCGGCCUUGGUCUCGCGAAUGUCUUGGCCCCCCUUGCUUUGUUUGGCCUCUUUGCCGUUAGUUUCUUCAGGCAAAAAAGCUGCCCCGAAACUGUUUGGGGCCUCGCUUGUGGCUUUUUCUGUAUUUGCAGCUGUUCAGCUGGGGUACGUUGGCUGCUUUUGUUGGGGUUUGCUCCAUAUAAACGGUAAGAAAGAGGCUGGCUGCCUCUGUUUGUUCUUAGCCAGUGCACCGCUUAGCGCUGGCGCUCUGCAUAUAUGCAGGGCGGCAGGGCUGGGCGGUUUACUUAGGGACAAACGCUCUGCACCAUUUUCCGCCUCUUAGUUGGGUGUUUAUUCUUAAACGAUGCAUGACUGGUGCUGACGCUGGAGCGAGAGAAGCGCCGGGAGAAGUACAAACGCUGCGCCAAAUUUUGGAAACUGUUCGCGGCUUUGCUUGUUCUAUCUGUCUGGCGGCUUAGAAGCUCUUAGCCUGAGGCAGAUUCCCUAGAUAUCGCUGCCGCCCAAUGUGCUGCAAGCGGUUCGGCGUGAAGCUUGUGGAGGUGUUGGUUUAGAAACCGGAGAAGGCUCGUAGACUGCGCGCUUUUGUUGUGCGUGAGAGACAGCACGCCGGGGCUCCUCGCACAGGUCACGCCUUAGCCACUGUUCCCGGACGUAGAUAGUGAGAGGGGUCGAGGCUGAGAGGCGUAGAGGAAUUCCAUCAACCCCCUGCCACUCGAGUGAGGGCCUAGCGGUGCUUGUUUUCAUUCACCCCCUCCGCUAUUGUCUGACGCUCAGGGCUGACUCAGCAAGCGCGCCCAUUUUUCUGCCGCGUUUUCUGUGUCAGUCAGUGCGGGCUCUGUGGUUCUUUCUUAUAUAUUCUGAAACACGUGCCCCGACAAGUGUGCGUUAUUGCGCUGCGUGGGGCCUCAGCGAGUGCGCCUAGCUUGUUUCUGCUUUUUCUCUGUGCUGUGGUCGGUCCAUCUGCUCCGCCGUGGCGUCAGUGAGCCGAGCUUUUAGACAUUGGCUACUCGGUCGCGGCUAUCGGUCUCGCUUGUGCUUCGACAUCUGUCGCGCGCUGUCCUCUCUCUGAUUUUUAGACGCCGAUCGACCACUCACGGCUAGAGGGCAGGCCUUCUGCUUCGUUCUUGCCAAGUGCGAACAAAAUUGAAGAGAGCUAGCACACCCCUCGGCCUUGUUUGGUCUCGCCAUUGCUUUGCUUGGCUUCUUUGCCGUUAGUUUAGGCACAGAGAAACGCUGCGCCGGAAUUGUUCGCGGCUUGUGGCUUUUUCUGGAUUUACACUCGUCGAGUAUCUUCUUCGGCUUUUUUGUUCGGGCUUGCUCCUGGUGCAAACAGGUUGGUCGCUUCUUUUUAUUCCUAGCGCACUGUUUAGCCUUAACGCUCUGCAUAUAUCAUCAUGCAUCUUCAUCACCGUCUUCACCAUGACCGUCGUCACAAAGAUCAGACUCACAUCUAAUCUUGCAGAAAGUUCAAAAGAAGCUUGAUUCUUAUCCGCAAAUGAGGCCUAUGGGCGUCAAAAUGGAGAGGCUUGGGAGACUCCCGCCACCUUUAUUAAGGCCCAUCAUCAUCGUCAUCGACCCUUGGCUGUUAUUGUUAGAAUAGGAGUUUCCACCACAGUCACAGAAGAUAUAACAGUUGCUCCUUCCUGUGGGUAUUAAUAUGAUCCCAGUGAAAGAAACUCUAGAAAAUUGACCCCAGGACGAGGUGGAAACUCAAGAAGAAAUUGACAGGUGGGUAAAGUACUUCGAAGAUGAAAUCUUGUCUGCGAGCUCUAACGCUGGAUCGCUUGCCGCGGGCGUCUCGAUCUCCACAACUACUGUCUCCCCACCGGCAGCUGCGCCAUGACCAACAGGAGGGCCACGACCUCCAAGAACAGGAGCAGAGCUUGGUUCAUUUUAUUUACCCGUACGACCUCUCGGGAGCAGGGACACAGGCGGCACAGUUAGUUCCAUUCAUUUGCAUUCGCAGGGCCAUUUUUAAGGCCAGAGAUUUGGAUUUUCUUUCCUCUGUGAGGUAUCUAUAAUUUGAUGAAUGUAGAUCUGGCAACGAAUCUUAAUUACUUGAUUAAUCAGACCACUGGUGACAAAAAUCCAGCAACAAGCUAGCUUAGCGGGGCGCCGAAUAGGUUUGCGUCGUCCCUAUUGGUUUGGUAAUCAGCGUCAUCAGUAUCAGAACUUGCGCGGGAUUGCUGAGCAAAAAAAAACAGGAAAUCAAUUUUUCAUAAACUUGGGAGAGCGAGCUUCUCGUUAUGUGACGGAUAGUGCGAUUGUCGGAACUUCUAUGUGUUUUGACGGAUUGAAACGUUAUCCUCCACCCGUCUGCGCUCAGCAUGACUUUAGUAGUUCAUCUAGUGGUGAUUCUGGUAGGACAACAAGAAGGAACAAGCCGCAGGAGCAACACGCCUCGCAAGGUCUUCGAGCUGAAAAGCAGGAAGCGCGGCAGCAAAGUGCCGCCACCAAGCAAAAAUGGCAUCUCUUGCACUAUUUCGUUCCAGGAGUCAGGAAGGAACCACAAUGCGCGGUUAUUGCCACACAGUGGCGGCCUUUUGCUUAUGAUUUUCUACCCUUUUUUUAACCCCAAAUCUAGGCAGCUUUGCUUACUUAUCUUAUAAACUUAGCUAGCAGACUCCACCUGCUUCAGCUGGUAAAUCCAGGUUCCCGCAGGGGUCAAGGACUGUCAGUUGUAAUAUCAUGUAGAUAUUAGUUGAGAACGAAUAUGCGCUCUUCGUUUACUUCAUCCACGACUAACGAGUGUUCUUCGUUUACUUCGUCCAUGGGUAUUUAGGUAGCCUCCUCCCAAAGCAGGAACUUGGUAGAAUUUUUUUCCCCUUUGGCAGAGCGGUGUGCUGCAAAUCUUGACUAGCUUCUUCCCUUUUAAUAUAUUUUUACAACUUAAGAUGAUAUUGAGAACAAGUGUUCUUCGUUUAAUAUGUUAAGCUAGAUGAAGGUUCUUCGUUUACUACAUCUAAUGUUCUUAAUAUCUAGUAGUACGAACUGCUCCAAGUAGAACUGUUAAUAUCUAGCUAGAACGACGAUGACAGAUCGUAUACUACUAAGUAGAACUACUAACUAGUAAGAACAGCAACAGUUGUUCUUCGUUUUCGUUUACUACAUCUAGCACUCGUCUAAUAUUAUAUACUUACUACAACUUAACAUAUUGAGAACAAACUAAGUGCUAUAGCUAGUGUUCUUCGUUUACUUCAUCCAUGACUGCUGGGAGAGUCUACAGCCUACUCCAUCUACAACCUACUUCAUCCCUGCAGGAACACAUCUUGCAAGACUCUAAUCAACGCACAUGUUGAACACUGCAAUUAAUAUUGCGCAGUUCCUUGACCGCCACACCGAAGGCGCGGGACGGGAAGUAUGGGAACAAGAGAAAUCCAAACCGUACGUCCUGCGAGGAGGAAUCAACGAGCUCAAGUUAAGACCAGAAGAGGUCAAAUCGUAACAAAGCAUGAUGAAAAAACACUUUUCAUUUUCACGUAAGUAACUAUGGUAAUAUGUGGGCUGAUUGUAUGGCUUGUAAAUGAUGGUAGAAGUGCCCUCCAAUGGAACACUGAAAGAGCGCAACAUGUUACGAGUGCACUAUGAUAGAUAAUGAUGACGGGCUGGACCUUCGCGUGAAUUUUUCACUUAACUCGCAUGAACUGAGUAAAAAGUAUGUACACUUGAACCUUGAGCCUAGCGCUAUAAAGGGCAUUCUCGAGGAACAAGUGAAGAACAAGCGAAAAAAAAGUCUACUCUAAUGAAGCGGCAAGUUCUCUCCGGCGUAGAUGAAGUAGCUGUCGUUCCAUACAAGGUGCGCCGAUCUCCGAGAAGCAGCAACUGAGGUUCAGACUAAAACUGAGGUUCAGACUAGGACUGUGACUCUAUUAUAAGAAGGCACAUCCGCAGAAGCGGAAGCAGUAACCUGAGCGCCAAGGGCUGCACUGACUUGGGCUUAUUAAUUUGGAAAGUUAAAGUUUUGUUUUGGCAAAUCCUUAAUUUGUCAGUUGUCUAGUCCUUCUGCUUCUUUAAGGUGAAACUUCCUAGGACGUCUAUCGACGAUUUACAUUAGCUAACCUUACCUUUCUAAGUUUCACUGGAAUUACCUGGCCCAUUCUUUCUGGAUUCGGUGAUUUAUUUUAAGGGUGGGAUGUUGACCUCUCCAUGAGCCUAUUCACGGCUCUUUGAAGUAGGAAAGUCACAGAGAUGCGAGAUAGAUCGGCCAACUUGCAGCUGCUAGCUUUUGCUUGAUCAUACAACUCGGAAAGGCUCGCCCACUUGAUAGGGGAAUUUGGUUCUUGUCCUUGAUGAUAUUUUUGGAACGAGAUGCUUCUUCAUUGUAAACUCAUGAAGAAUCUUCACGCAGAGAGUAAGAAACCGUACAUGAUAAAAAGCUAUCAUAGAGAAGUGGUGACCCGGAUGCUCGCUUGUCAGUACUAGAGUAUUGCACGGCUUUCGCGAACCCUUGGGACUAAGACUUAAAACGAUUACUCGUAAGGAAACUCAAUGAUCAUGAUCUACAGCUUCAGGGCGAACAAUAGCUGCCUCAACAUCUCAUGAUAUUUCUUUUGUCUCUUCGCUGUGCGUUUUUUCCUCGUACGGCUCUACCAACCGCAUCCGCAGUAUCUUCAAGUGUGGAUUCGAGAAACCAUUCUUGCGCCAGUUACUUAUUAUAAGCUAUUCUUGUCCUGUGAGCGUUUCGUUUGCUUGUUUCGAUUAGCGCUAUAAAGGGCAACGGUCUUUCUCAGCAGCUUUAAUAAGUUUUGCGCAUUAAAAACAAAGAAACUACCAAUACAUAGUUACGACAUGGGGCUUCGUAGGUAUCGAUGUGCAUUUUUUCUUAGUUCUUGCGCCUUCGUAGAAGGGUCGGACGACUGUUGACAGACUGGGUGUUCUCUUCUUUGAUGGCACGCGCGAAGAGGACUGAGAUGGUGAGUUCUCACGAAGCACGUUGCGAACGGAGGUAGCUAGUAGGGUAAUUGGC